GGGGCGUGACUUAGCCGAGCUUGCCUCGCUCCUGUGCCGUGGCUUGAUAUUAUUAGUAACAGCCCCGGCAGCGGCAACAGCAGCAGCACCGGCCGCCGAGGUGUGGACGGUGCUUUCGUUUUAUCCCGGAGAAGAAGGGAAGCGAAGCACCUCCUCACUCCGGUCCACCCCAACCCCGAGCAACGGAGCAGAAAGCGGGCCGAGGAAUCCGCGAGAUGAAGAAGCCUCCUCUGGCCGCGCUGGAAAUCUCCCCCCGUCAGGCGUGUCCUUUUUAAUCGAGGGAUCCAGCGGGAGAGGAGAGCCGGGCUUUCCCUCCAGAGGCGGCAGCGCGACGGCGAGGCGAGCUGACUUCUUGGCAGUGGGAUGUUCUCAUCUGUGCAUUCGUGCCAGCUUUCUUGGCUUGGAUAUAGCAUCGUAUUAGCACCUGCUUUUACUACAGCCUGUAACUAAUAACUCAAUAAAGGAUGAGGAGAUUUGUCUACUGCAAAGUGGUUCUUGCCACUUCUCUCAUGUGGGUUUUGGUGGAUGUGUUUCUCCUGCUGUACUUCAGUGAGUGUAACAAAUGCGAUGACAAGAAAGAAAGGUCCCUGCUGCCUGCUCUAAGGGCUGUUAUGUCAAGAAGCCAAGAAGGACCAGGAGAGAUGGGAAAAGCAGUUCUCAUUCCCAAGGAUGAUCAGGAAAAAAUGAAAGAGCUUUUUAAAAUCAACCAAUUUAAUCUUAUGGCUAGUGACAUGAUUGCAUUCAACCGAAGUUUGCCUGAUGUAAGAUUAGAAGGAUGUAAGACAAAAGUCUAUGCUGAUGACCUACCCACCACAAGUGUGGUCAUAGUGUUUCAUAAUGAAGCUUGGAGUACUUUGCUUCGUACUAUUUACAGUGUUAUCAAUCGGUCUCCACACUACCUACUUUCUGAGAUCAUCUUGGUAGAUGAUGCCAGUGAAAGAGAUUUUCUGAAGCUCCCAUUAGAGAAUUAUGUAAGAAACUUGCAAGUGCCAGUAAAAAUUAUUAGAAUGGAACAACGAUCGGGACUGAUUCGAGCUCGGCUUAGAGGUGCUGCCGCUUCUAAAGGCCAGGUCAUCACUUUCUUGGAUGCACACUGUGAAUGCACUUUAGGUUGGCUGGAGCCCCUACUGGCAAGAAUAAAGGAAGACAGGAAAAUUGUUGUAUGCCCAAUUAUCGAUGUAAUCAGUGACGACACAUUUGAAUACAUGGCUGGAUCAGACAUGACUUAUGGAGGAUUCAACUGGAAACUCAAUUUUCGUUGGUACCCUGUUCCCCAAAGAGAAAUGGACAGAAGGAAAGGAGACAGAACUUUGCCUGUGAGGACCCCUACUAUGGCUGGUGGCUUAUUUUCUAUUGACAGAAACUACUUUGAAGAGAUAGGAACAUACGAUGCAGGAAUGGAUAUCUGGGGUGGAGAAAAUCUUGAAAUGUCUUUUAGGAUAUGGCAGUGUGGAGGCUCCCUGGAGAUUGUAACGUGUUCACAUGUUGGUCAUGUUUUUCGAAAAGCUACUCCUUAUACAUUUCCUGGUGGCACUGGUCAUGUAAUUAACAAAAAUAAUAGAAGACUUGCAGAAGUGUGGAUGGAUGAAUUUAAAGAUUUUUUCUACAUAAUAUCUCCAGGAGUUGUCAAAGUGGAUUACGGAGAUGUAUCAGUCAGAAAAGCAUUGAGAGAAAAUUUGAAAUGUAAACCAUUUUCAUGGUACCUAGAAAAUGUGUAUCCAGAUUCUCAGAUUCCACGUCGUUAUUACUCCCUUGGAGAGAUCAGAAAUGUUGAGACAAACCAAUGUUUAGAUAACAUGGGGCGUAAAGAAAAUGAAAAAGUAGGCAUAUUCAACUGUCAUGGCAUGGGAGGAAAUCAGGUAUUUUCAUACACUGCCGACAAGGAAAUUCGCACAGAUGAUUUAUGUAUGGAUGUCUCUAGGCUCAAUGGGCCUGUAAUUAUGCUGAAGUGCCAUCACAUGAGAGGAAAUCAACUUUGGGAAUACGAUGCCGAGCGACUGACCUUGAGACAUGUGAACAGCAACCAGUGUCUUGAUGAGCCCUCGGAGGAUGACAAAAUGGUUCCUACCAUGAAGGACUGCAGCGAAAGCCGAUCCCAGCAGUGGCUGCUACGUAACAUGACCUUGGGUGCCUAAAGCCAAGACACAGACUUCGUGUCCUUCCUCAGACCUUGGAAGGGUCUAACCUGCUCACCCUUCACACAAAAGGAUGUGCUUCUUCUCUUGUGGUCCGUGAAGAGAAAGUGUUUGGGAUGCUUGAUUCAAAGCCCACAUGCCAGAAAACUACUUUUUUUAAAAAAAUUGCUUAAAAGCAUGGUUGCACUUUUUUUUUUCCUCUCUCUCUCUCUGAUUUUUUUUUUUUUUUAAACAAGUCAGCUGAACACAUGGACGCUCUAUCCACACUGGCAUAUACAGUAUUACAAAGACAUCGCAGUUUUGAGAAAAGCAGACUCCGGAAAAGGGUUACAAAGCAAAAAUUGCAAGAGGGUGGGGAAGUUGGCUUGCUGUGGGUUCUGUCCUGUAAUGUUGCUUGAAAGUGACAAUGUUAAAUGCCUUAUGAAGCUCACUUGCAUUGUGAAAGAUGGUGAAACAUUUGUUUUCCUCAAUUGAUGUACUUGUACCAGUCCUUCAUGGUGACAGAGGAAGAAUCCAUUGUUAAUCUGCUGCCAACCCAUUACCUAUGAAUAGCCCAGCUGAAAAGAUUUCUCAGCAGUAAAUUUCUGUAUAUAUUGGAUGUUUUUCAUGUAUAGUGUCGGGGUGGGGUGGGGGGCAUUUCUGUUCCUGAAACCUCUGUUAAAAUCCACAGAACUGGAUGAAGGAUAUUGCUGGUACGUGGAAUGUGAAAUCGAAUUCAUAGCCAAGGGAAGCAUAAGGAAAUGGGAUUGAUGAUACCCACCGAUGCCCUUUGCAAAUUAUAAAUCAUUACAAGCAUUGUAACACAUUUGGAAAGCUUCCAUAAUCUCACAUUAAUAAUUAAUAUAAAAGGCAGCAAGAGCUGUUUUUAUCCAAAUUACAUGAGAUGCUGGUAGAAGAACAGGUUUAUGAGUUAGACACAAGCUGAUUUCAAGUUGAGUUUGGUUGCAAUAGCUAUUCCUUUUUGUCCUAUUAAAUGCAUUUGAUUUCUAAAGAUUCUUGGUCCCUAGGCAUAAAUAAAAGCUCUGUAUAAUACCGAUAGGUCUAAUCUGAAAAUGUCAACAAUGCAAUGCAACCCCUUAAUAAUUAUUAUGAUAUUAUUACAAAGACGUAUAAAUCUUCCAAACAUAGCAAGUUGAACUUUUAGCAUAUGACAGCUCCAAGUUCAGGACUAAUUAAAAACAUGUCUAAUAAACUUGUCUGGUUUGUAUAUGGAGGACAUGGAAUAAGAUAUAACUAUCUCUAUAAACAGUAUUUUAUUUUUUUAAAGGGAGAGUUUUUUGUCACAUAUCUCUAUGCCAGGUUGCAAGUAGGAACAAAUUUUAUCCAACAUUGAAAUCUGUAUAGUUCUAGUGAGCAUUACUGGGUCAGAAAGUACAUAAAAUUUACUCAUUUUUAUCUGGAUUUAAUUUAUUGCAGUUUGUUAUAUCAGACCCAUGGCUGCUAUAUCAGCCCAUGGCUGUGCCAAAAUUUCUGUGAAUUCUGCUAUAUUGGGCAGUAUGGACAGAUCAGUUCCACCACUGCAAUACUGAGAGAUUGAACUGACCACUUUCACGUUUCAUUCUGGCAUCUUGAGAAAAUGAGAUGGUUCUUCCUGCAGAUGACAUCUCACUACGUGAGACUGUCUUUACAUUAUUAUCACCCAUCUGUUAGUUUUGAAGAUGCUCAUAUGUCUGCUUUUCCUAUCCCAGAAGCCUUCUCCACAAGUACCAUAUAAGUAUGCUAGGAAAAUGUCCGCAUUUCAACAGGAUCAGAAGCAAAAGAACAUAAAAAUAUCAGCCUGGAAUCCAAACCGGAGAGCCAGAGGGGCUGAGGCAGACAGCAUUCCCUGAAAAAGAGGGAGAUGGUCUGAUCAGCAGAGGUGGGCAAACGGAAGAUGUGUUCAAGAAUACAGGUAGUCUUUGACCAGAUUUCCGGAUAUAAAUCAUUACAGUCGUAAAUUGAGUUGUUCGUGUGAUUCGACCCAAUUUAAUGACUUUUGGGGUAGGGGUUAAACAAAUCACUGCAGUUUCAUAAGGGAAUCUGUAGUCAUUAAAUGAUUGCCAUGGUCGUAAAUAUGAACCCAUUCUUCCAAAUGGGUGGUUUUUGCCGUCACUGAGGAGGGAGGAGACAAUGGCAACAUUUUACAACAUCUGGAAUUGCCAUAAAACACUUGCUAUCGUAUUUAAAAAAGAUCAUGAAGUGAUUGGUCCUAAUUUGAGUAACUGCCUGUAAUCUGAUGUUGCCUGCAUCCUUGACAAGUAAUACAGCCCUUUAACUAAAGGGCACAGAUUCAAUUUGAAGUGUUAUUGCUUAUCCACAACAUUCUAGGUUGAUCUUGGACAGGCUGGCUAUGGUUCCUAUAUUGCCUUUUUAGGGGAAUACUGAGAAGCAGCAAGGUUUAGGUUAUCCUGAAGGUUACCUUUUUAAUACUCAUCAGCCAAAUUGACUGAUAAUAUGGCAGCAGGCUUUGUUCUAGAGAAGAAAGUAUUUCUCCCCCAUAGGUUUUAUCCCACAGUUUGAGUAACAGCAAGCCUCUUUUGCAUCCUACAGCCAUUCUAGCAGCCAUGACCCUUGGAAGAUCACUUAUCAUUCAGGGGUCAUACUGUUCCAGAUCCAUCAAGUAAAGGGUUUUGUUCAAGCUCCUGUUAAGUGCAAGCUUAAAUACAUGGGGUCUGACUUAUUUUUGAAUAAGAACAUAAAAAAGAACUUAAUCUAGUGUAAGGAAUCAUGAGCAUAAAAGUCCUAUAUAUAUAAAACUAUAAAUACAAAUUCUUUCUGAAGAAACGUGGCUUGUGCUAAACAGUGAGGAAUGUUACUGCAAAGUUAGCUGAAGCUAAUUAUUUUUAAUCAUUUAAGAAGAAGGUCCAAUAUAAGCAACACUUUUGCUUAAGUUAUUAAUAGGAUGACAUUAAAAAGUAAUAAAAGCAUUUGUUUGCAAAGGACAGAAAUCUUCAAAAGGUUGGGUAGGAAGGGGGUCUUUGAAAGUUCGUAAGCAAAGUUCAAGAAAGGGGCAGUGGAACCAUCAGGCGAUCACUUCUCCGAUUCCCACAAUUUCAAGAAGGCUUACUAGGAAUUUUAGGGGCUGAAUCCCAACACAGUUCAAUCCUGUGCCAGGAUUUUGGCUUAGGGGAAGCAGUGGCAGGCAAAAUGGCUACAAGCAGAAUCAAGACCAUAGUUUCUACUUCCACUAACCCUACUGCUAAUUCCAAUGAAAUGUCUCCAUGGAGCACCUCAUGGACUGCCACAUCAAAUAUCUACUUCUCCCAUCUUUUUAGUGAGCAAUAGGACAUGGGGGAUAUGCCCCAGCAGCGUUAUCAUUAUAUUCCUAAAUUGUUAAGGCUAAAAUCCAAGUUCUGAUAAAUAGUUUUAGAGGAUUGUACAUUAGCUUGUGGUGUCCUCUCUCUGUGUUCUGUAGAUCAAUAAAAUGUGUGCUGUUCCUCAUUUGAAUGGCAUUGAUUACUCACUUUUUAAAGUCACUUUAUGAUAUCAGCAGUUGAGUUCAAUUUAAACAUUGGUUUGUUUGUUUGUUUUUGAAAAUUUAAGUCAAGUUGGCUUUUCUCUCCCUGUGUGUAGAUUAGAAACAAUGUCCUAGUUUCAUAGAAAUGUGCCAAGGGACAAUAUAAUAAAUAUAAAAAAUGAUUGAGGUAUAAAUACUUAAAAACAAGAACAGUAUUUAAGAAAAGGUAAAACUUAAGGAACUUCUUGAAGAGGGAAAGAUAGGUAUAUAAAGUUUGAGCCAAUGGAAAUAAGUUCAUUCUGUCUUCAGAGGCUGCUUCUGGACUGUUGAAUCCAAGAGCAGCACUUUUAUCUAACAACAGACAAGCAAAAUAGCCUUUUAAAAGGUGAUUAGUACUGUACUGAUAAUUGAUAUAGUCCAGGUUUUUUUACUUGAAAUUAAUGAGAUCAUAUCUGAUCAUAUAAAUUUUACUUGCAUCUCAUUUGUAGAUGCUAAAUAUAGUCUCAAAUGAGGCAUAUAUUAGCGAGGGUGCUUAAGUGUAAAGCUACGAGUUAGGCUGAAAUGGUUGAGGAAAGAAAUUUGAAAUAAAUUUUAUAAUAUUACUGUCUUCGAAGUCCUACUGCACCAUUAUAAAGUGGAUAAACAAAACACAAUUUCAAUAGGAAAUCAGGUUUGCAAUUAACUAUUGUAAUAGGGACAUCUUGAGAAUUUAAACUGUGUAUCCCACAAACCAUUAUACACAUGUGCGCAUACGGACACCCACCCAGCUGUGUUUUCCAUGUAUGGAUAAAUUAAAAAGUAUGCUGCUAUUACUGUAUGAAUGCAUCUGGUAAGACUCAACCGCAUUAAAAUGCUACUAAAUAUAUGGCUAUUGUCUCAUCUCAAAAUGCUGACUGCGCAUCAGCCAAAAUGUCUUGGAUUAUGUGAAUGAUUAGCGUGAAAGUAUUUUCAAACACUGAAUGAUAUUUCUGAAACCCCACUUUUAUUUUUUGUUUUCCAAGUAGACUAAAGUUGCCGUUUGUCUCUAAAUGUUCAGGAUAGCUGGGCCACUGAUGUUCCAAACCCCUCCAGGCUUUGCAUACAUGUUAACAAAACCAAAUUUGGCCAAAGUAUGCAUGCCAAAAGGUUUCUAGCCAGUCCCACCUUGUGAUCGGUAUGCUUCUGCGAUGUGCAAAAUUACAAAAUUUAUCACAUCCCUGUAUCUUUAAAUGGAAAUAUCUGAAGCAAGACACCCAAAAGGCAUAAUAUGCCAAAAGGGCCCCUUUUAAAAUGGCCACUGUGAGUUUUUGUUUUUUGUUUUUUAAUAUACUUGAUCAUCUAAUUUAGAGGAAGUAUCCAUUGGAAGAAUUGCUCUUAAAAUUUCCUACACUGCGUGCUUGGGACACAGUAUACGUUACAAUUCUUAAAAGAGUGGGCUGGGGUUCAAGAAUUACCAAUUUCAAAUGUAAUCGUUAUUAAAUGUUAACUCUGCUGUAAAUUUUCAAUAUUUAUACAUUUUGUAGAAAUAAAAUAUGCCAGUUUAGUUUUA